CACCUAUGACAUCAACCAGUGAAACUCCUCACCUCACCUGUUCUACCAGCCCCACCCAGAGACCAGGCAGGCUGAGUUUUUAAGCAGCAUGUCAUUCAUGUGAACUGGCCUUUCAGCCUUGCCAUCCUAUUGUGUUUUGUUUUUUUAUUUAAGUAGGCUAGGAGUCAGGGACAUCAUCUCUGGUUCUGAGAACCAUUUAAGAAGCACUUCAGUUGUCCAUAAACCCAGGUUUGACCUCCAAGGAAACUACAUACUUUGUCUACAUUUCACCCAGCACCACAUGGCCUCUGCCUGGUCCGAAGAGGAGACCUUUGUCUGCUCAGUAUGCCUGGACACCCUGAAGGAACCAGCCACUCUGCCAUGUGGACACUCAUACUGCUUGGCUUGUAUCCAAAGCCACUGGGACAAGAAAGACAGAAAGGGUGAGUGCAGCUGCCCCCAGUGCAGGCAGGUCUUCAAGCCUAGACCCUCGCUGGCCAAGAGCACAGUGCUAGUGGAAGCUAUGGAGAAACUUAGAACCAACAGCUUCAAGCAGGGCUCCUCCACAGCCCCACUGUCCAUGCCUGUCUACAUGGAAGUCCUACCGAAUACAGUCCAGCGACAGGGCAGUAUAUAUCCUCAGAUUCCCACCAUGGAACCCAGACCCUGUCCUCAACACAACCGAACCAUGGACCUGUUUUGCCAUGAAGACAAAGAGCCUGUGUGUGAGGUGUGUUGCCAGCAUGGGCACAAGGGACAUCGAGUGGUCAAACCAGAGGAGGAGAGGAAGGAGAGACAGAAAGAGCUUGUCCAGAUGCAGGCUGACAUACAGAAGAGAGUGCAGGCAACUGAAAAACAGCUUAAUGUGCUCCCACAUGCAGCCCGCCAACACAAGGCUUUGGUCCAGGCUCUAGAGCAAGAGAGCACAGAUUUGUUUUCAGAGCUUAUCAAGGAAGUGAAUCAAACAGGCAUCCAGGUGGGUGAGCUCCUCAGCACCCAUGAGGAGUCCUUAGGCAGCCAGGUGGAGGGGCAGAUCCAAAGACUGGAGCAGGAGGUGGCACAGCUGCGCUGGAAGAGUGAGGAGCUGAGCAGACUGGCGGACAUGCAGGAUCACAGCUGCUUCUUGAAGAAUUUCUUUACAAUGGAGGAUCCGAGUCAGACUGGUGCUGGAGAGUCAGUACAGAGUCAGGAGAAAGCGGAUGUAUCAUCCAUCCGCUCAGCUUUAAAAGAACUACAAGAGGCAAUACAGGAACAAUGCAAAACAUGCCUGGCCAAGAUCUGCACAUCAUUGAAUCAGGACUCUGUGGAUCCAACAACCAAUGGCACAGAAGCAGCGUCAGCAGCAUCAGCAGCAGGCACUACUGUAGCUGAUAACAGUGGUCAGUCCAGUGCAAACAGUCCAGUAUAUGAGAUGACAAUAGGCUCUCCACCUUUGCCUCCUCCACGAACUCCAGAUAAGGGGUCAUCAUUCAAGUCUCAGUCAGUACGUUCUGCAAGUCAACACGGACAUGAAGCUUCUGCCCCCCCUCCAUCAUACUUUCCUCCUCAACCACAAGCACCUCCUGCAACAAAACUAGGACUUGGUAAUCCAGAUCCACAGACAAGAGGAGAAUUACUGAAAUUUCGCUUUGAACCCACCAUGGACCCAAACACAGUGUAUCGCCACGUGCUGCUGAGCGAUGGAGGUCGCAAGGCCACAAUGCGGGCUGAGAACCUGAACCCACUGGAUCAUCCCGAGCGCUUCGAUUUUUGGAGACAGGUUCUCUGCAGAGAGCCGCUGGCAGGGAGUCCUUACUACUGGGAGGCGGAGUGGACUGGCAAGAAGAUCACCAUCGGUGUAGCCCACAAGGAGAUGGAUCGGAAAGGCUCUGAUGAUAAGAGCCGCCUGGGCCACAAUAAUCUGUCCUGGAGCUUGUACUGGUCUGGGACCGGCUUCUCUUUCUGGCACGACAACAAGGAAAAACUCCUAGGCUCACCAAAGGCCCGAAGGAUCGGCGUCUAUCUGGACCAGCAUGCAGGGAUUCUGGCCUUUUACCGCAUCUCCAACAACCAGGCUGAGCUCAUCCACCGGCACCAGACCCGGUUUGCCGGGCCGCUGUACGCUGGGUUCAGGUUCUGGGCAGGAGUAGGGGCAGAGGUGUCUGUUUGCUCAUUGGAUUGAGUUUCAUGAUGUAUAAUUAAUGUAUUAUUUCUCAAAAUAACCAGCUGAAAAUAGUCAAGUGUCUGAUUCUCACCAUUUUUCAACUGCAUUUAUUGAUACGUAUGAAUAUUCUUAAAAUGUCUGUAAUUUAAUAAAAAAUCUUUAAACACAU